GCCGCGAACCCAAGAUGGCGGUGUGUGGACGUGUACGGGGGAUGUUCCGCUUGUCGGCGGCGUUGCCGCUGCUGCUGCUCGCGGCAGCAGGGGCCCAGAAUGGUCACGGUCAGGGCCAGGGUCCGGGGACCAACUUUGGGCCCUUCCCAGGGCAAGGUGGAGGCGGCAGCCCGGCCGGCCAACAGCCGCCUCAGCAGCCUCAGUUAUCGCAGCAGCAGCAGCAGCCGCCGCCUCAGCAGCAGCAGCAGCAACAGCAGCAGUCGCUUUUCGCGGCGGGCGGGCUCCCGGCCCGGCGGGGCGGAGCGGGGCCCGGUGGGACUGGCGGAGGCUGGAAGCUGGCGGAGGAAGAGUCCUGCCGGGAGGACGUGACCCGUGUGUGCCCCAAACACACCUGGAGCAACAACCUGGCGGUGCUCGAGUGCCUGCAGGACGUGAGGGAGCCCGAGAACGAGAUUUCUUCAGACUGCAAUCAUUUGUUGUGGAAUUACAAGCUGAACCUGACUACUGAUCCCAAAUUUGAAUCUGUGGCCAGGGAGGUUUGCAAGUCAACUAUUUCCGAGAUUAAAGAAUGUGCGGAAGAACCAGUUGGAAAAGGUUACAUGGUUUCCUGCUUGGUGGAUCAUCGAGGCAACAUCACUGAGUAUCAGUGUCAUCAAUACAUUACCAAGAUGACGGCCAUCAUUUUCAGUGAUUAUCGCUUGAUCUGCGGCUUCAUGGAUGACUGCAAAAAUGAUAUCAACCUCUUGAAAUGUGGCAGCAUUCGUCUUGGGGAAAAGGAUGCACAUUCACAAGGUGAGGUGGUAUCAUGUUUGGAAAAAGGCCUGGUAAAAGAGGCAGAAGAAAAAGAGCCGAAGAUUCAAGUCUCAGAACUCUGCAAGAAAGCCAUUCUUAGGGUGGCUGAGCUGUCCUCGGAUGACUUUCAUUUAGACCGGCAUUUGUAUUUUGCUUGCCGAGAUGAUCGGGAGCGCUUUUGCGAGAAUACACAAGCUGGUGAAGGAAGAGUGUAUAAAUGCCUAUUUAACCAUAAGUUUGAAGAAUCCAUGAGUGAAAAGUGUAGAGAAGCACUAACUACACGCCAGAAGCUCAUUGCCCAGGAUUAUAAAGUCAGUUACUCAUUAGCCAAAUCCUGUAAGAGUGACUUGAAAAAAUACCGGUGCAAUGUGGAAAACCUUCCUCGGUCCCGGGAAGCCAGGCUCUCCUACCUUCUGAUGUGCCUGGAGUCAGCAGUGCACAGAGGGCGGCAGGUGAGCAGUGAGUGCCAAGGUGAGAUGCUGGAUUACCGACGCAUGCUGAUGGAAGACUUCUCUCUGAGCCCCGAGAUCAUCCUGAGCUGUCGAGGGGAGAUUGAACACCAUUGUUCUGGAUUACAUCGGAAAGGGCGAACCCUCCACUGUCUGAUGAAAGUGGUUCGGGGUGAAAAGGGGAACCUUGGAAUGAACUGCCAACAGGCGCUUCAGACACUGAUUCAGGAGACUGACCCUGGUGCAGACUACCGCAUUGAUCGAGCUUUGAAUGAAGCUUGUGAGUCUGUAAUACAGACAGCCUGCAAACACAUACGAUCCGGAGACCCAAUGAUUCUCUCAUGUCUGAUGGAGCAUUUAUACACAGAGAAGAUGGUGGAAGACUGUGAACACCGGCUCUUAGAGCUACAGUAUUUUAUCUCUCGGGAUUGGAAGUUGGACCCUGUUUUAUACCGAAAAUGCCAGGGAGAUGCUUCCCGCCUUUGCCAUACCCAUGGUUGGAAUGAGACCAGUGAACUUAUGCCCCCUGGAGCUGUGUUUUCUUGCCUAUACAGACAUGCCUACCGCACAGAAGAGCAAGGAAGGAGGCUCUCACGAGAAUGUCGAGCUGAAGUCCAGAGGAUCCUGCACCAGCGAGCCAUGGAUGUUAAGCUGGAUCCUGCCCUCCAGGACAAGUGCCUCAUAGACCUAGGGAAGUGGUGCAGUGAGAAGACGGAGACUGGGCAGGAGCUUGAGUGCCUUCAGGACCAUCUCGAUGACUUAGCUGUGGAAUGCAGAGACAUCGUGGGCAACCUCACCGAGUUAGAGUCCGAGGAUAUACAAAUAGAAGCUUUGCUGAUGAGAGCCUGUGAGCCUAUCAUUCAGAACUUUUGCCACGAUGUGGCAGACAACCAGAUCGACUCUGGGGACCUGAUGGAGUGUCUGAUCCAGAACAAGCACCAGAAGGACAUGAACGAGAAGUGUGCCAUUGGCGUCACUCACUUCCAGCUGGUACAGAUGAAGGAUUUUCGAUUCUCUUACAAGUUCAAAAUGGCCUGCAAGGAGGAUGUGUUAAAGCUUUGCCCCAACAUAAAAAAGAAGGUGGACGUAGUGAUCUGCCUGAGCACCACUGUGCGCAACGACACUCUGCAGGAGGCCAAGGAGCACCGAGUAUCACUCAAGUGCCGCAAGCAGCUUCGUGUGGAAGAGCUGGAGAUGACAGAGGACAUCCGUUUGGAACCAGAUCUGUAUGAAGCCUGCAAGAGUGACAUCAAGAACUACUGUUCUACAGUGCAAUAUGGAAAUGCUCAGAUUAUUGAAUGUCUAAAAGAAAACAAGAAGCAGCUGAGUACCCGUUGCCACCAGAAAGUAUUUAAGCUGCAGGAGACGGAGAUGAUGGACCCAGAGCUAGACUAUACUCUGAUGAGAGUCUGCAAGCAGAUGAUUAAGCGGUUCUGUCCAGAAGCAGAUUCUAAAACUAUGUUGCAGUGUUUAAAACAAAAUAAGAACAGUGAAUUGAUGGAUCCCAAAUGCAAACAGAUGAUAACCAAGCGCCAGAUCACCCAGAACACAGAUUACCGCUUAAACCCUGUGCUAAGGAAGGCCUGUAAAGCUGACAUUCCUAAGUUCUGUCAUGGCAUCCUGACCAAGGCUAAGGACGAUUCAGAGCUAGAAGGCCAAGUUAUCUCAUGCCUCAAGCUGAGAUAUGCUGACCAGCGCCUGUCCUCAGACUGUGAGGACCAGAUCCGUAUCAUCAUCCAGGAGUCUGCUCUGGAUUACCGCCUGGACCCUCAGCUCCAGCUGCACUGCUCAGAUGAGAUUGCCAAUCUAUGUGCUGAAGAAGCAGCAGCCCAGGAGCAAACAGGCCAAGUGGAAGAGUGCCUGAAGGUCAACCUGCUCAAGAUCAAGACAGAGCUGUGUAAAAAGAGUAUUACAACAACAGAUUGGAUACCUUUGUUCUACAAAGCUCUCUCCACAAUGAACUUCCCUUUUCAGGAAGUGUUAAACAUGUUGAAGGAAAGCAAAGCAGACAUCUUUGUGGACCCCGUUCUUCACACAGCAUGUGCCUUGGACAUUAAACACCACUGUGCAGCCAUCACCCCUGGCCGCGGGCGUCAGAUGUCCUGCCUGAUGGAGGCCCUGGAAGAUAAGCGAGUGAGAUUGCAGCCAGAGUGCAAAAAGCGCCUCAAUGACCGGAUUGAGAUGUGGAGUUAUGCAGCCAAGGUGGCUCCAGCAGAUGGCUUCUCUGAUCUUGCCAUGCAAGUGAUGACAUCUCCCUCAAAGAACUACAUCCUGUCUGUGAUCAGCGGGAGCAUCUGCAUACUCUUCCUGAUUGGCCUGAUGUGUGGACGGAUCACCAAGAGAGUGACACGAGAGCUGAAGGACAGGUAGAGGCGCAGGCCUGACCACCAAGGAGCCACCGCCCGGGCCCGCCUGUACAGCCGUCCUGUAUAGUGUACCCUCUCACUGCGCCCUCUAACGGUGGCACUGACACCCACAGUAGAGCAGCAUCAGGUGCCCACUGCAUCUUCCCAUCCAGACUUGGCCAUGUCCUCGGUGUCCUCCUCCUCCUCCUCCUCCCAGCUGCCCUUGCAGCGUCGGCAGCUGGCUGCUUUGGUGGUAGCUUUUGUUGGCGAAGGUUUACCUGCCUGUAGACAAUUCUGUCAUACCUACAGAACUGCUGGUACUUCCAGACCGACUCACCUGACCUGCAACUCAAAUUUUUAAAAAAAAAAAACAAAAAAACAAAAGACAAAAAAAUUUUAAAAAGGAAAAAGUGUAUAUAGUAGAACUUCUCCUUCAGUCUUGACUCAAACAGUAGGAUUAUUCUUUCAUGUAAAUGCAGCAGGUGUCAGCAGGACUUGGAGGAGCGAUGCAUAUCCCGUGCCUGAUCAUUGACAUGUCUGUUUCCUCUCCCAGAAGCAACUUUGGCCCACAUCAAGGCAGGGACUUCAGCAAGUAGUGGGGACACUAAGCAGCCUGCUCUAGGGCCUGUUUGCUUCUACUGCAGUGUGAUGCCUUCUACCCUCUACCCCAGACGAGCCACUGCGACCCACAGUCUCAUAGCAACAGGCAUUUCUGUGUCGCCCACUUCAGUGCAGAUGUGAGCCUCUCUGUGUCAGUGGAAGCGGACUAGGGAGGGAGCAGAGUCUGAAGCAGGCCUGGGUGCACAGCCAGCAGGGGCCCAGCCAUCCUCUUCCUCCAAGAUGGGAUAGAGCUGCCUCAUCUUGAUGAACCCUCAUAAAUGUGGGGUUCCCUGGAAGUUCUCUACCUCGACAAGAAGUAGUUACUAAGUUGGGGUGUAGGGCUUCUAAGAUGAGGGUGGGGGUGGCAGGGCAGGAAGGAACAGGUGUAGGACUUGCUUCACUUAGUUUGCUGAACAAUAGUACAGGCCAGAAGAGAUGGCUUCUGAAGAUUUAGCGUGAUCUCGGGUGCGUGGCUGGCAUUGAAGCCUGACUUUCUGUGCAUGCCAGGCAGACUUCCUGACUGACAGGCAGACUUCCUGACCAACAAGCUCCUUUGUGCCUCUAAAUGAAGGGAUGUGGAAAGUGAUUGCAUUAAAAGAUGGAGGAUUUUCUUCGUUCUUUUUUCCCUCCUUUCUGUUCAUUUGCUGCGUGUACCCACUCCAGUAGGCACUGGCUCAGUGUUACAUUUUGGUGAUCUGACAACCUUCCAUAGUCUGAGCUUUACAGGAGCAGGAUCCCCAGCCAUCUUCCCUCACUCCUCCAGUGUGAAGAUGACAGGGCCGGAGCAUAGGAGGGAGGAGCCCAGGCACUGCAGUUCCCCUUUGGCGAGUUUGGGCCAUGGUGUCACAGUGGCUGUACAGAGGGUGGCAUGUACAGUAGGAGAUAUAUUUAUAUAAUAUAUAUUUUAUUAACCUGUUAGAUGUCCACAGAGUAUUAUAAAUCAUGUGCCUAGAACUGUCCACACAGACCCAGGCCCCCUCGGUGCCGCCCUGCUCCUGCCUCCCAUAUGCACCUACAGCUGCUGCCGCACUGGAGCCAUGUGUCUUCCUGAGAUGCGUUCUGUGCAGGCUCUGUCAGUUGCUCCAAAUCACUCUGUGUCUCACCUGACUGACAUUCAUUUGAAUACUGUGGUUUUCUUUUCUGCUGCCUUUUCUGGUGGCAGUGAGUUCCAGGGCUAGCUGUGUAUCCCCUGCAUAGGGUAAUAGAAGUCACCAGGGGAAAAUUUGCAAAGCUUCCUGGGCCCCUACUUACUGCUUCUAGAGUCUUCCUGAUUCUCAGCAGCUGUCCUGGGAUUCUUGAGUUUGAUGAGACUUAAAACUCCUGCUCUGUAAGCAACCUCCUCCACUGCUAGCUGGCUGAGCCAAUCUAAAGGUCCCUCCCUCCCUCCCCCGAGAGUCUCCGUGUCACAUUGAUGUUCCACAGUUAGACGGGGGUAGAAUCAUAGCUCUGAUCCUGUGGCUCCCUUCCGGUAUGUGCUUAGCAUAUGAUGUGUGUCUCAGCACUGCUGCUUCUGCACUGACAGGAAUCCACACUGCCUGCAGCAGAUUUGGAGGUUUGGUGGGUUUGGUGAAUUUGAUUCUUAAACUAUUUGCCAUUAGACAUGGUCAGAAUAGAAAAAAAAAAUAGCUACUAGUGUUUUAAAUUGCUUAGUACAAGGAAGUGACCAUAUUCCUUGGAGUAGUUCUUAUGACUUGAUGGUCCUAGGCCUGGUCUUAAGCAGGUUUUUCUAGGCUAUGUCUAAGGGGCCCAGUGCUGUCUAUUCUGUAGCUCAUUGGGCUUAGUAGGGUGGGCUCUGUGCCCUCAUAAGUCAGUCAUGGGUAUAAAUUAGAUAGACAUGAACUUGCCAAGAACCCCAACCUGGCCGGGCAGUGGUGGCACAUGCCUUUAAUCCCAGGACUUGGGAGGCAGAGGUAGGCGAAUUACUGAGUUCAAGACCAGCCUGGUCUACAGAGUGAGUUCCAGGACAGCCAGGGUUACAGAGAAACCCUGUCUUGAAAAAAAAAAAAACAAAACAAAACAAAACAAAACACAGACCUACAGUGCGAGCCAAAGUCUGAGCCUCACCCUUCACUGUCCUGCUUUCAUUGCCUAAGAAUAGCAGUUAGGGGGUGUAGGCCAAGGCUCAGGCACUGCUAAGUCACUGUGGGCUAGCUUGCCAGCUCAUGCCAGUGUCUUGGGGACCACUGGUGGUAGGUACAUUUCCCUUUGGUAUUUCAAAAAGCCGGGGCCUGGGCCAGGGACAGGGCAUCUGUGGACCAGGUCAGAAAUCUGUCAAUGAGCCAAGAACCAGACAAACUAAACUUCUUUUCUGAUGGGGCUGCUUCUAGUGAAGGGACUCCAGGAGCAAGACAUUUCUUUUAACCCGGUCCCUGGACUUGACUGUUGUCGCUGCUCUUGGGGGUAUUUUAGCAGUCUGACCCUGGGAAAGCCUUAACUCUCUGCAUUCCCAGAGAACUUCUGGCCACCAUUUCCAGUCCUGGUUCUGUGGAUCAAGCCAGCUUGCUGAGCCAUGCAUCCUUAAUAGGCAAGGGCACUCCAGAGCCACUGAUGAGGUGACAUCUAGUGAUCAGGUGAUAACAAAAGAGUUCAGUACAGGUACCAUGACUACCACCUCCUGUUCUUAGAUAGGAGCAUGCAGUCCACUGUCCCAGACGAGUUGGCAGAAAGUUAUCCAACUUUUUAUGUCUUCCUGUUGAAAUCAGCUGAUGGAAGAUGCUCUGCUUCUCAGACACUAGGACGAGGGUGGAGUUGUGUGAUUAGUAUCCUCGGCCUUCCUAGAGAGCAUCCACUCUUGUGCAUCAGUGUGACUUCCAGAACCCCCGCCUCCCUUAGAGGCUAUGGUACCGUUUCUGGACUUUCUGGAAAGAAACCUCCCUUCCAUUCUUUUUUCCCUACCCCAAAACAAAACAAGCUUUUUCCACUUGCCCCCAGUUCAGUAUCUCAGAAGUCAACUGGCCCAGUCUGGUAUCCUGCAGCCUAACACAGGGCCAGAGAACCAAAAGAAGGUGUGGCUUUUUGAAUCCCAUGCUUCUUGGAAGUUUGUGUUUCUUCUUGUGAGUGUGAAAAUUCAACACAGCUCCGAACACCCCCUUGAGUUUUUUGCUCUUUGGGCACACUUAGUAGUUCUGAAGAGUGUGACCUUCAGGGCCCAGGUCUCCUGACCCAUCUCUGCCCCACUUGGCUUCAGUUCCCAAGGGGCUGUACCUGACCUCUCGCCUCCCCUUCCCUCCAGGUAGCUUUGGUUUGCCAUCUGUUUAGCUCCACUUCUCCCUGGCCUCUCCACUACGGAGGCCUGGAUCACCUGUUAUAGUAACCAAGUCUAAAGCCAAAUUUCCCUUCUUGCUACCCAGACCUCAAACAACAGUGAGUUGUAAAGCAACCAAGAUUAAACCUCAGGGUGACACACUCCCCUGAGCAGACAGUGAGACUGCUGUGGCGGCUUAGAGGCUGCUUGUCACCCAGAACACAAAGAUACGGUUGUCUGUGCAGACAGGUGGUGACAAGGGGUUUUCUCUGACAUCUUCACCUGGGCACUGAGCACCAGGCACUGGAGAGCUUCCAAGGUGAGGAGGUGCGCAGACAGACCGUGUCUCUAUGUCACGUUUCACCUUCUCCCAGCUCACACUGACAUGAGAACCUCAGAGCGUGGGGUCCUUACAGGAACAGGUCCCAGGUCACUUGGCAGCACGGUCGUGGCCGAGCGCUUCCUGAUGGCUACUCCCAGCAAGCAGGUCAGCGGCAAUGGAAAGGCAGAGCGCACAGCAUGCUGUGCAGGGUCUUGGGCCUCUAACCUGUCUUUGCUUUUCGUUUUUGUUUUUUGAAAGAAAAGUACAAUUAACAAACCUCUUUUGUAAAUGGAUUUCCUUUCUAUGUAUAAAUCCCCUGCAGUUCCUUGUUUUUACUGUUCAUGCUGUGUAAUUUUGAGAUGUUACUGAGAUUCUGAACAUAAUGUGCAUUUUUUUCUGUACAGAUGAAAUGGGAGAAUUUAAUAAAGAGUUUGCAGGUUUGUAUUUGUCGAAUAUUCUCUGUAAUAAG